ACGUCUUAUUCCUGUGCAUCCGUGUCGACGACGAUAACAUUAAAACGUUAUUAAUAUUAUUGUCUGAUUCGGAAACACACAUUUUUACACACACCAAUAUAACGAUAAAUCAAUUUGAUCCAGAUACCUGUCAAUUUUGUUUUUCGCCCUCGACACGAUGGCACCAAACGCCCACGAAUCAGAGACUGUACCGACCCCGGUCACUGUCAAAUUCGAUGUGCAGUCCGACGAGUUUGGCUUUCAGCCUGAAGACAUCGUCGUAACCGGCCUUUCCGGACGGUUUCCCGAAUGCGACAGCAUCGACGAGAUGAGGCAGAAGUUGUACGCAGGCGAGGACAUGGUCAACGCGGAACCCACAAGAUGGCCCACUGGUCUAUAUGGCGCUAUCAUGAGAACUGGAAAAAUGAAGGACCUAACCCAAUUUGACGCUGAAUUUUUUAACUACCCUCCUGCUUUAGCUGCACGUAGUGACCCGCAACAGAGAAUGCUGUUAGAAGUUGCUUAUGAAGCAAUCGUUGACGCAGGACUUCAUCCAAUGGCUUUAAAGGGCACCCGUACCGGUGUAGUUGUGGCUCUAUCGUCUAGUGAAACGUGCGAUUGGUGGUCCAAAGACCCAGAUAUUGUUAACGGGUAUGAAUUUUUGGGCACCUCCAGAACGAUGAGCGCUAACCGCGUGUCCAACUUCUUCGACCUUAAGGGGCCUAGCUAUUCCAUUGAUACUGCGUCUUCUACCAGUUUGAUCGCGCUCCACCAAGGCUUCAAGCUCAUUCAAGAUGGAGUUUGCGAUAACUGUAUCGUGGCCGGUGUCGAUCUAGUGUUGAACCCAACUGUAUCACUUAUGUUCCAAUGUCUGAACAUGUUGUCACCUGGCGGAAAGUGUCGAUCAUUUGACGCCGAAGGUGAUGGAUACGUACGAUCAGAGGGAAUCGUCGCCGUGCUGUUACAAAGAGCCAAAUCGGCAAAACGCAUCUACGCCAGUGUGUUGAACACUGGAAGUAAUGCAGACGGAUACAAAGACGAGGGUAUUACAUUCCCUUCGCAAGAAAUGCAAAUUUCACUGUUUCGACAAGUUCAAGAAGAGGUCGGCGUUAAAUCAACUGAUCUGGCUUUCAUGGAAGCUCACGGAUCUGCUACUAAGGUGGGUGAUCGUCAAGAAGUUGGCGCAAUCGUCGAAGUGUUCUGCAAAGGAAGGACUACUCCGCUUCUUAUAGGCGCUCUCAAAUCGAACAUGGGCCAUGGUGAACCAGCUUCUGCUCUAUCUGCUGUCAUAAAAGUACUUGUGGCCAUGGAAUGUAGACUUUUGCCACCUAAUUUGCAUUACAACAUACCAAAUCCGGACAUUCCAGCUUUGGUAGACGGAAGAUUGAGUGUCGUAGAAAAUGUCGUCCCGUGGAACGGUGGAAUCGUUGCAGUCAACUCAUUCGGUGUGGGUGGUGCUAACGGACAUUGUCUGUUGAAAUCGUAUACCCAGCAGAAGAAAGAAAAACAAGUGUUGGAAGAGAAAUUACCUAGAUUGGUGGCAGUAUCAGCCAGAAAUAAAAGCGCUAUAAAUUACAUGAUAAAUCGAAUCGAUGAAAUGCCCAGAGACAAAGAGUUCUACGCCUUGUUGUAUGGAGUCCAUAGUGAAAACAUAGUUGGCCACAAAUAUAGAGGUUACAUUUUGUUUAACGGCAUGUACGACAAGACUCGUCAGAUCAAUGAGUUUGAUGGUCAAAAGAAACCAGUCGUUUUUGUUUUGCCCGGUGCGGAGGCCCACUGGUCUGAUGUUGGUAAUCAAUUAAAAGAUUUGGACGUGUUCAAUGAGUCAAUAACGCAGAGUGCAGCUUUAUUAAAACAAAAAGGGUACAAUUUACGGACAGUGCUGAGAAAUACAGAUCUCGUAUCAAUAUGUGAUCCGAUUUUGUCCGUCGUAGCUACGACCGUUGUUCAAAUUGCUCUCUUGAACGUCCUAGAAAGUCUGAAAAUAACGCCAGAUUACAUUGUCGGAGAAUCCUUCAGUGAACUAGCAGCCGCAUACGCAGAUGGCGUUUUAACAGCAGAAGAAGCAGUUUUAUCGGCAUAUGCUAUUGGUAAUAUAUUAGCUGAAGCAAAAAUCACUCCGUCUCAAAGUGGACCUAUCUUAUCUUCUCAAAACGUAGCAAAAGUAUCCAAACAAUUGCAGUCCGCUUUACAAUCCAUCAUCACUAAACCAAAAUCCAUUUCGUCCCGAUGGAUUAGCGCUUCGCAGUCAUUAGGGAACCAAUUGGUGUCAUCGACGUACUUCGUCAAUAGCUUAUCCACACAAUUAUCAGUUCAAGAUUCAUUGGCUAAAUGUCCCGAAAAAUCAAUUUACAUUCAAAUCCUCGCUCAAAAACGAGCGCAAAACUACAUUGCAAGCAAUUUGAACGCUGACGCCAAAUACGUAAACUUGAUUAAAGAUGAUAAUGAUAUGUAUAAACAGCUGUUGUUGAGUGUAGGAGAUUUAUUCAAUAUCGGUCUACAACCUCAAAUUGAACAUCUAUACCCACCAGUGAAAUUCCCCGUAUCCGCACGUACCCCAAUGAUUCAAUCAUUAAUCGAAUGGGACCAUUCUAUUAAAUGGGAUGUUAUUACAUUCCAUGGCAAGCCAUGUUCUAAUGCCGGUGAAAUUAUAUUAAAAGUAGAUGUUAAUUCCAAUAAAUUCAGUUUUUUGAAAAACAAUACAAUUGACGACUUAUCCGUUUUACCUUACGCUGGUUACUUGACAUUAGUUUGGCAAGGUUUCGCUGAAAUGUUGCAUAAAGAGCAAAAUGAACUGCCAGUUGUGUUCAAGAAUGUGGAGUUCUUAAAUAAGACUGUCAUCCCAGAAGAAGGUGUAGUUCAGUUUGUUUUGAACGUAUUAACAUCUGGUGAAUUUGAACUCAAACAAUCUGGUACGAUUGUGGCUUCUGGACAAAUUAGCACAUCAGCUACAAUUGAAAAAGAAUUAAUGAAAUUGAUUACACCCAAAAACAAAAAAUCUCAAUACUUGCCGUUAGAUUCAUCUGAUGUUUACAAAGAAUUGCGUUUGAAAGGUUACAAUUACAAAGGUCCAUUCAAAGGAAUCCAAAAAGUUGAUGACACAGGAUACUAUGUAAAUUUCGAUGGAAAUUGGUUAGCAUUUUUAGAAAAUCUAUUCCAAAUAUCGAUGUUGCAAUCAGAUAAUUAUAAUUUGUAUAUUCCGAAAUUCGUAAAAAAAGUAGUCAUCGAUCCUACGAAACAACAAAUACAAACUGAAAACUCGUCGAAUGAUAAUGUUAUUCCGGCUGUUUAUUACAAGUAUGUUGACGUGAUUAAGGCCGGAAGCGUUGAAGUCCGUGGAUUACAAUUAACAGAAGUUCCGUUGAGAAACAAAGGUCAAAAAGAUCCUAAUUUAGAGUUUUACUCUUUCCAACCAUAUGUUUCUGAUACGCCAACAGCAUAUGCUCUUGACACAUGUGUUCAAUUAACUUUCGAAAACAGUGGAGGUGCUUUCAAGCUAAAAGUGGCUGAGGUAGGAACUGGUAGAAAACCAGAAUCGCUUUACGCAAAAUCCGUCAUUGAUGUGAUCAACACCGAACCAAUGCCAAGUGUGGAUGUAACUGUGUUCACCGAUCAGCCAGUUCCUGUCACGGAACAACUUGAUGAAUUUGGUGUUCGAGCCGUGGAGAAGGAUGUGUUCAGACCAGAACCGAUCGAUUCCAACUGUCAUCUAGUAAUUGCCGUCGAUCAAUUGAGUAACUCGGUGUUGGUGAAAAAUGCAGUCGAUAGUUUAAAAGUUGGCGGUUGUGUACUGUUUGUUGAAAGUAAAAAACCAACGGAACAACAACUCAACUCAACGGGAUUGGAAUUGAUAGCCAAUUUAAGAUCGUUAGAUAAUAAAACAUUCGUUCUUUUCCGAAAGAAUGUAAACUGGUCCGAACCGAUCGUGGUUAACUGCACUGGCAAUGACUUUGCUUGGAUCGAACCUUUCAAAUCGGCACUUCAACGGGCCGAACAAGAAUCUAAACAAGUGCUCUUAGUUAGUCAAGGAGUUAAAUACUCUGGAAUUUUAGGUUUUGUAAACUGUAUUCGAUUGGAACAAAACGGAAACGCGUUGAGAUGUCUGUUCAUCGAAGAUCCAAAAGCACCGAAAUUUUCGUUGACUUCUGAUUUUUACCAAAAACAAUUGAAAAAAGAUCUGCUCAUCAACGUAUACCGCGACGGCGUUUGGGGUAGCAACCGACAUUUUCUGUUGGGAGAUGAUUCCAAUAACAUGGUUGUACCAAAAGAAUACGCAUACAUAUCAACUAAGAAGAUUGGAGAUCUAUCAACAUUAAGCUGGAUUGAAGGCCGCCUUCAAUAUUACAAACCUGAAGACUAUCCGGGACGAGAGCUGUGCACAGUGUACUAUGCUCCGCUGAAUCAUAUGGACGUGUUGUUCGCUGAACGCUCGUGGUUACCGUUCUUCAACACGGAUGUCGCCGAACAAGGUGCAUUUUUGGGCCGAGAGUUUGCCGGUCGCAACACAAAGGGCCAAAGGGUGUUUGGAUUAGUAUCUGGUAGCGCCCUUGCUACUCACGUGUUAGCCGACAGCUCAACUCUGUGGGAAGUGCCCGACAAUUGGACUCUUGAGCAAGCGUCCACAGUUUCCGUUGCAUACGUUUUGGCUUAUUAUGGACUGUUUAUACGUGGUAAACUUCAACCGAACGAAUCACUGUACCUUAACUCUGGUACAAAUUACACAGUCUUAGCUUCUCUCAAUAUCUUACAAAACAGCAACAUAAAAGUAUACGUUGGAGUAGAUAACGAUUCGCAAAGAGAAUAUCUACAAAAAAUGUACCCUAAGAUCUCCAAAGACAAUAUCGUUAACAGCAAAUUUGCAGAACAAGAGCUACUCGAAAAGACCAAUGGAGAGGGUGUGAAUUUAAUCUUCAACACGCUCGAGUCAACUUCAUUUAAAUUACAGAGUUUCACCCACAUUGUAGCAAAAAGUGGACGUAUUGUAGAGUUUGAAAAACAAAAGCAAGCAAUUGAAUCAAUUGGUGUUACUGGAAAUUUAAAAAACGUUACCAUCAUAAAAAUGAACUUGAAGAGUCUUUUCCACGGAAAAUACUCCCUAAAUGAUAAACAGGAGCUCUACAAAUGCAUAGCAAAUGGAAUCAAAACCGGCGAAGUACAGCCAUUGCCCACAACGGUCUACUCUACUGAUAAAAGUUUAUUAGAAGCUUUUGAAAAGACCGAAAGUUUCAACUAUAUUGGUAAAAUUGUAUUAAAAAUCCGUGAUGAAGAGUCGAAAAAAGUCGUCAUUCCAGUGCCCAAAAAAGUAAUGGCAGUACCGAAAACAUUUGUUGACCCAGAAAAGACAUAUGUUGUUGUCGGCGGUCUAAGUGACUUUGGUCUACAAAUGACUAACUUUUUGGUGACCAGAGGUGCGAAAAAAAUAGUAAUAGUAUCUAGCAAUGGAGUCCAUACCGGGUUCCAAUCGUUGUUCAUGAAGAGGUGGAAAGAAAAGAACAUCGAGGUUAGUGUCAUUCAAUACGAUACGACUAAACCGGAAGAAGUUGAAGAGCUGCUGAAAGGAGCCAACCAAUUGGGACCAGUCGCAGGAAUAUUCCACGUGGAAGCUGUGUUACACAGUGUCACGUCUACGGAUUUGACCACGACCGAUUUCCGCUCAGCAUUCGAUCAGAAAGCUGCAUCUGUCAUGAAUCUUGACACUGUCUCCCAAAAAUUGUGUCCAAAACUCAAAUAUUUCUUUGUCUGGUCCUCCGGAACUUCUGGACAUGGUAUAGCUGGUCAAGCCGACCAUGGUUACUCUGACUCAGUGGUUACAAAGAUUUCAGAAGCUCGAAAAGCGGCUGGAUACCCAUCGACUGUCGUCGAAUGGGGCGCGAUUGGAGACGUUGGUCCAAUUUUGGAUACGUUUGACGAUAAUAACGCGAUUGUUAGUGGUACUUUGCCUCAGAGGAUAAAUUCAUGCCUAAACGUGGUUGACAAUUUCUUGAAUCAGCCAUAUGCCGUGCUAUCGAGCUCGAUUCUCGUUGAGAAGAAGAUGACUAACGUUGAGCCUGUGUCCGUUGGACCUGCCGACGCCGUCGCCAAAGUUUUAGGUAUUAAAGACAUCAACAACGUUUUGGGUACAUCUACACUGACCGAACUUGGUUUGGACUCGUUGCUAGGAACUGACAUCAAACAAGUGUUGGAACAAGACUUUAACAUUGAAUUCAGCGCCAAAGAAAUCAGGGAAUUGACGUUCGAUAUACUCAAAGAACUCCGAUCCAACUAAGGAUUUAACGCUAAAGUCUAAGAUUAGUGUGUUGUAGCCAUGUCUCGAGAACCACGCAAUCUUGUUAUUUUGUGAAAUUGUUUAUUAUUUAAUGAAUAAUACAUAUGAUUAAUAUUGUUAUUAUGUCGUAGAAAUUUAGAAUAAAUAAAC